AUGAUCCAAAAGCUUUGGAAACGCAAACUCACAUGGGACACACCUGCUCCAGUCGAGGUUCAAAAGGCUUGGAUCCAAUACCGAAACGAAUUGCCGUUGUUAAACGAUCUCAGGUUUGAUCGUUGUAUCAUGAUUCCAAAUUCAACUGAGAUUCAGCUACAUGGGUUUUGCGAUGCUAGUGCGAAGGCCUAUGGCGCUUGCCUCUAUUUGAGAUCAUCGGGCACUCAAGGCAAUCAUCAUUGUGCUCUUAUUUGUUCUAAGUCACGAGUUUCUCCCUUAAAAACUACGUCAUUGCCAAGAUUGGAAUUGCGUGCAGCUCUUUUGUUGGCGCAACUAUACAGCGCCACUGUAAAAUCUUUGCAAUUGCAAUUUUCAAAAAUCUAUUUUUGGUCUGAUUCCACAAUUGCCCUCAAUUGGUUAAAUACGCCACCACAUACACUAAAAACGUUUGAAGCCAAUCGGGUAGCCGAAAUACAAGAAAAAACCGAAGGUCAUGAGUGGCCACACGUACCUACUCAUGACAAUCCUGCUGACUUGAUUUCUGGUGGUCAAGGACCUCAGGAGUUUUUAAACAAUGAGUUUUGGUCCCACGGUCCUAACUGGCUCAGCAAAAAAGAUGACGCGUGGCCUCAAUUAAACAUAAAAAAUCAUGAAAGAUCGGAAGUGCGCGAAAGUCCACCAAUAACGUCAUUAAAAAUCACACUACUAGGAACAAAUAUCUUGGAAAGGUUAAUUUCAAGAAGUAAAUGGCAAGUCACAAGCGACCAGAGCAUGAUUAAACUUGGAACGCUCGUGGUUAUUAAAGAAGAUAAUUUGCCACCUAUGAUGUAG